AUGUCUCGAUCUGAUCCUCAACUUCUUAAAGAAUUUCUCAUUGGCUGUAUUCAACUAAAACAGAAAGUUAAUGCAACUAAAGAAGUUGUUAAUCAAAUUGCACUUAAAAGUUCUUAUACAAACACUACUUUAAAAACAAAACAUAGUGAGGUUAAUAUCAUUAGUCAAAUGGUUCAACAAACCAAAGAAGAGACAGUCACCCUUAUGAGUGCAACAGAAACAACAAUGAAUAAAUGGAGUUCAGUAAUCACAGAAAUCCAAUCUCCUUCAAGACAAAACAAUUUCCCUUCUUUUGAACAAGAAGAGAAACGACUACUUAAUGCCCAAACAAAAGUUGAAGAUAUGAAACGAAUUGUUAAUGCUCUUAACUCAUCUUCUAAUGAUGGUGGUCUCCAAAGUCUUAUUGAACAAAUAAAAGCCACCAAUGAAAGAAUUCAAAAACUUGAAACUACUACUACAUCCACCCUUGUCCCAAUUAAAAUUAAAUCUGAACAACCUAAAUUUGAGAUUCGACCAAGAAAUGAUAUUGAUGACAUAAAGGAAUCAUUUACUGCUUUCAAAACAGAAAUGGACAAGAUGGCAGAUAUAGAGGAGACAUGGAGAAAGAUGAAAAGUCAAACUGAAGAAGUGAAAAGACUUCAAGAACAAAUCAUAAAAGAAAAACAAGAAAAUGAAAAACAUUUAAAACAACUCAAAGAAGAAGCUGAAACUAAGAAAAAAACACAAACAAUUCAAAGCAUUCCUUUAGAACAAAAAGAAGUUAUUGAAAACAAACAAAAGACUCCAAAAAUUGAAUCUAUUCAAGAACCAAAGCCUUUGCCUCAUACUGAAACAAUACCAAUCACUAAUUCAAAUCCAUUCAAUCAAAUACAAAACCCAACUCUCAUACAGAAAGAAAAAACUACACCACAGAUUGUACAAAAUAACACUCCAGCAAAACCUUUUCAAGACCAAGUUGUACAACAAAAAACUCCACUAACUCAACAAAAAACAAUUGUAUGGGGAAACUCAGUCCAACCACAAACUAAUUUACAACAACAGCAACAACAAAUUUCACAACCACUAGAAGUCAAACAGACAACAGCCCAACAACAAAAAGAUAACUGGAAAGAACAACCUCAACAAGGGACAAGACAAUCCAAUACCCAACAACAAGGAACACAACAACAACCCAGCACCCAACAACAAAACGUCCAACAACAGAACACACAAACACAACCUCAAAGAGACAUAUGGGGGAAUCCAAUACAAUCAAAAACCGGACAACAACAGCAACCAAACACUCAAACACAACCUCAAAAGGAUGUUUGGGGAAAUCCAGUACAAUCACAAAACAAAACAUCACAAAUUGGACAACCACAACCUCAAAAGGAUGUUUGGGGAAAUCCAAUACAAUCACAAACUGGACAACAACCAAACACACAAACCCAGAAAGACAUAUGGGGAAAUCCAGUACAACCACAAAGCAAAGCACAACAAAAUACACAACCACAACCUCAAAAGGAUGUUUGGGGAAAUCCAAUACAAUCACAAACUGGACAACAACAGCAACCAAAUACACAAACACAACCCCAGAAAGAUAUAUGGGGAAAUCCAAUACAACCUCAAAACGGUCAACAACAACCAACUGGACAGCCACAAAAGAAUGUCUGGGGAAAUCCAGUACAAUCACAAAUUGGACAACCUCAGAAAGACAUAUGGGGAAAUCCAACACAAUCACAAAUUGGACAACAACAACCGAACACACAAAUCCAACCCCAGAAAGACAUAUGGGGGAAUUCAAUACAACCACAAAACGGUCAACAACAAAAUACCCAAGUACAACCUCAAAACAAUAUGUGGGGAAGUUCAGGUCAAUUCCAACAACAAAAUGGAAUUCAAAAUCCUUUUGGACAACAAUCAACACCCUUCAAUCAAUUUCCACAACAACAAAAUCAAUUUUCUCAAUUCUCUAAAUUGGCAAAUGGUUCUACUAAUACACAAAUGAAUUUCAGUCGUAUUGAUCCUGCUGCUAGAGCUGCAGGUAUUCAACAAACAAAUCCACUUGAUGCUUUCAAGAAUGCAGGAUUAUUUAAAUGA